GACAAAAAUCAUUAAAGUCAGGUGACGAGCUCUUGUGACAUUUCUCAAUUCCUCAAAAAUAAAUUCAGAAAAUAAACUAAAAUCUCGGAAAAAUGGCUUUGCAGGCGGCUGUUAAGGGAAAACUAAUCAGUGUCAUCGGUGAUGAGGAUACAUGCGUCGGAUUCCUUCUUGGUGGUAUCGGCGAGAUUAACAAGAACAGACACCCGAAUUUCAUGGUUGUUGACAAGAACACAGCGGUGAGUGAAAUUGAGGAGUGUUUCAAGAGGUUCGUGAAGCGCGAUGACAUCGACAUCAUCCUCAUCAACCAGAACAUCGCUGAGCUGGUCCGACAUGUGAUCGACGCCCACACCGCCCCCGUGCCUGCUGUACUUGAGAUCCCCUCCAAAGACCACCCCUAUGAUGCUAGCAAGGACUCCAUUCUGCGUCGUGCUAAGGGCAUGUUCAACCCAGACGACUUGGUACGCUAACAAAGUUAAUUUAUUGCAUGAUAUUUUUGUUUUCUGAACCAGACUGGCAUUUGGCACUUGUAAAUAUGCCAACCAAUCGAAAUCUAACCACUAAUUUAAAUCAUUAAGUCCAUUUAAUGUGUGCAAUUUAAAAUAAUCUGUUUGAGGUUUUAAACUACCUAACGAUACAUUCCACAAACCAAAUAAAAUUAUUUUAAAUCCGUCAAACUUUACCAGUUGUGCAAUUCAUAAAAGAAAAAUUAUUCAAAUAUGGUUAAAAUAUGUAAUACAGAGUAUUAAUCUUGUAUAGAUUUGUUGAACUUGUAAUAUAGAAGUUAAAACACCA